CGCAUGCGUCGUUGUGCUGUAAUCCUUGCCAAUACGAUCUGUUUUGUCAUCGUCACCGUACAGGAAUGGGUGUUGGGUGAUUCUCCUAUCGUGAAGAACAGGGGAAUCAUGGCAUACGAUGCGUCCUAUGAUAACAAUCGCACAGAAAACAUGAAGCGUGCAAGAGCGUUGUGUUGAGGCAAUAUACAGUGUUUGAUAAACACCAAACCAUAUCAUCGGAUUAUUUCUACGCGCACCAUUUUGACCGGAGUGGUUCAUGAUGGAGCACAUCCGAACGCCAAAGGUGGAGAAUGUCCGCCUGAUUGACCGUACCGUGUCUAGGAAAGCCACGGUGGGGACACUGUACCUCUCUGCCACCCACACCAUCUUUGUGGAGAACAACCCUGAGACGCGCAAGGAGACCUGGGUGCUUCACAGCCUGGUGGCUAGUGUGGAGAGGCCACCCACCACCCCCUCAGGAAGCCACCUGGUCAUCCGUACGAAGAACUUCCAGGUGCUUGAGCUUCUCGUCCCCCAGGAGAGGGACGCCACGGACAUCCACGCCUCGCUAGCACGCCUCUCUCGCCCCGAGAAAUAUAGCGAGCUGUACUGCCUGUCCAUCAACCCCACCGCCAACAAGGAGGAAAGGGAGGAGUCCUGGAGCUUCCUGGACCUGCAGGCAGACUACAGACGAAUGGGCGUGCCCAACAAUCUCUGGGUCGGCACCCCAGCCAACAGCGAGUACAGGGUGUGUGAUACGUACCCGUCAGAGCUGUUUGUGCCCAAGUCAGCCACGCCGCCUGUCAUCGUCGGGAGCUCCAAGUUCCGGAGCCGUGGGCGUUUUCCCGUCCUGACUUACUUCCACCAGGAUACCCUAGCUUCUAUCUGCCGUUGCAGUCAGCCCCUGUCGGGCUUCAGCGCUCGCUCCCAGGAAGAUGAACAAAUGAUGCAGGCUAUCAUGAAGGCCAACCCAGGCAGCGAAUACAUCUAUGUGGUGGAUACCAGGCCAAAGCUGAACGCGAUGGCCAACCGGGCGGCCGGGAAAGGCUAUGAGAACGAGGACCACUACACCAACAUUAAACUGCAGUUCAUCGGCAUCGAGAACAUCCACGUCAUGAGGAACAGUCAGCAGAAAAUCAUUGACAUGGGCGAAGUCAAAACUCCUUCCAUGGGAGACUUCCUGUGGGGUCUGGAAAGCUCUGGUUGGCUGAAGCACAUUAAAGCUGUGCUGGACGCGGGUGUUUUCAUUGCCAAGGCGGUGGCCGAGGAGGGUGUCAGCGUAGUCGUCCACUGUUCAGAUGGUUGGGACAGGACGGCCCAGGCGUGCUCCCUAGCCAGCGUUCUCCUGGACCCCUACUACAGGACCAUGAAGGGACUCAUGCUGCUGAUCGAGAGGGACUGGGUGUCGUUCGGCCACAAGUUCUCGCACAGGUAUAACCACCUGGACGGCGACCCUAAAGAGGUGUCCCCUGUCAUAGACCAGUUCGUGGAGUGUGUCUGGCAGCUGUCCGAGCAGUUCCCCUGUGCCUUCGAGUUCAACGAGCGCUUCCUGAUCCAGCUGCGCAGACAUGUUUACUCCUGUCAGUAUGGCAACUUCCUGGGCAACAGCCAGAAGGAGCGGAGAGACAUGAGGCUCCGUGAGAGGACCUACUCCCUGUGGCCCCAGCUGUGGAAAGACAGGGCUCAGUACGUCAAUCCCCUGUACAGGGCCGACCACACCCAGACUCAGGGGAUGCUCAGGCCAAACACCACCCCAUACUGCUUCAAGAUGUGGAAGGGCAUGUAUAACCGUUUGGAGAAAAGCGCACCCCCGCGCCACUCACCCGCGGACUUGCUCACCGCCGUGAGGGAGGAGACUCAGCAGCUGGAGCAGGAGCUGACCAAUCACCAGGAGAGGAUAGCAGCCCUGACGAGGAGGAAGCUGACGAACAGCAGCAGCGCAGGUCAGAGGAUGACGAACGAAACGUGUGAGGAAGAGAGGCCGGGCCGGCCGGCCCCUUCCACUGGCGACGGCUCUGUCGACAGCCCCCCCCACGACUACCGCUCCACCCAACGGGGGCCCCCGGACCCGGCUAUGACCCUGCCCCUGGGGCCCCCCAAAGGGUCCGACCCCGACGACCUCUCCUCGGCGUGCAGCGACAUUGAGUCGGGCGUCAUCGACCUCAGCAGCCGUUCCUCCAGCGGCGGCGACGACUGCAAAGACCCAGAGUCUGACGAAGCCAUCUACUGCCCCGCCUGGUCAGGAACGAGGGGGCCGGACACCGGGCGGUUGCCUUGUUAACACGGGCACUUUGCAUUGACAAUUGAAUACUGAGGUUUCCGUUUUACCGGGGCCAAAUUUAGUAGUUUUUAAUUGUGAUUUAAUUUUGUUCUUUGUGCGCCUAGUAUGAGAGCACAAGUUGCGAGCCAGCUGAGUAGUCUAAUGACACUGAGUAGACAUAGUGUGAAUGUCUUGUACUAGUACAACCUGUGAACAAAUAUAUUCCAUGACCAAACGUUUACAGCAAAGGCCAAUUACUUGUGUGCAAUAUUUUGUCUUAAGCAGUAUUUUUUUUUUUGGUUGUUGUUAAAUGUACCGUACAACGUUUUAAAAACAGAACAUUGAAUCUGUAUACUGUAAAAGGUUACCUUUGAUUUAACAUUUCUCCAGACCAUUAUCUCUCUGUAAUGAAACAAUCCAAAUUCCAUUUGUCCAGUCGGUGUUUCCCAGUGGUAUGUCAAGGUUGUGUGGAGACAGAAAAUGGUUUGAAAAGAUUAAGUACUAGCUGAACAAAAAAAAAAAAACGCCUUCGCUAAACCUUUUUGCUACAGUGUGUACUAAUGAACA